AAAAUUAACACAACCAAAAGACAUUGUUCCUUCCAUGGAAAAGAGAAAGAGGCCAAAACCCCCCACUGUGCCCCUGUGGGGUUGCCCAUGGCCAUGCCCAUCUUUAACCCCCCCACGCCCCUCCCCCAAGACCCCAAAUCCCCAUUUUCCCCCUUCCAUCCUAUCUUCAGCCUUUAUCACCUAAAACCCAUUUUCACACGCUGUUACACCCAGACUCUCUCCAGACUCUCUCCCUCUCUCUCUCUUCAUGUGAGCCUAUUAAGACACGGGGCUCCUGAAGGCAACAAUACAAUAUAUUUGUAGCUAAGGAGGUGAGACUCUCAUCAUCUCACCAUUAAAUGCAUCCAUCCUCUCUAUCUUUCUCCCUCUGUCUCGUGUCCACCGCCACCAUUUCUUAAUUCUCAUCUCUCUCUCUCUCUCUGAGACACGCACUUGAUGCAAUGCCCUAAAGAAAGGACAAGACCUUUCACGUUACUGCACCUACUCCUCCGUCUCAUGGCAGCAGCGGCCACCCACCUCAAAAUCCAAACCAAGCCCAGACGCCGCAAGUGCCGUGAAACUACCAUCUCCGCCACCGCCCUCUCCCACUCUCCACACUCUUCCGCCGCUUGUCUCCCCAACUACCACCGCAAGCUCGAUCCACCCACCGUCGUUUCCCUGGACUCUUCUUGGUGCUGUUCCACCUCCAAACCCCUCUCCACCCCGCCGCCGCCCCCGCCUCCCUCGCCCCCGCCGCCGCCGCAACACCGCCGUGUCCCUGCCCAAGAACCGGGGAAGGCGUCGUACCUGUCCUCCGAAUCGCCAUCGGCAUUCAAGAUCCGAUUCUCCCCCGGCCGGGUCUCUCCGGUCAUGGAAUUCUUCCCGUCCGCGCCUCUGCCCACCGUCAACGGCGUCGCCUCCGCCCAAGAAUCCUGUCCUUCCGGCUUCAGUAAAUUCAAUUCCGCCCUCACUGCCGGGCUCCUGAACCCCAUGUCGCCUCCGCCGCCGGCGGCCGGGGAAAAGACCCGGUCGAGCCCGACCCUGUUCGAGAUGAUGAAUAGUGAGCCCGAUUACCACCCUAGAACCCAGAUCCCCCCAAACAACGGCGCCGUUUCCUCCACCAACAAAUCUCCGUUACUGUCUCCUCAGGACAAGCAACUGUUCGUCCUCCAACGAAUUUCUGAAACGCUGGCGAAUCGAAGUCCAGGGAACCAGUUCAACGACGCGUCCUCGAGCGAUACGAAGCUCACACUGAGCUCGAAGGACGGUGUUAUUGUUUCCAUCAACGUUCACCGUCAGAUACUCGUUGCCCACAGCAGAUUCUUCGCGGCUAAGCUCUCCGACAAGUGUUCGAAGCAGCAGCGAUCUUCGCCUUACGUUGUGGAGAUCGCGGAUUGUGAGGACGUUGAAGUGUAUAUCGAUGCUCUGAGACUGAUGUACUGUAAAGAUCUGAGGAGGAGGCUCGUGAAGGAAGAUGUUUCCACUGUUCUUGGAAUCUUGAAGGUAUCGGUGGCUAUAGGGUUUGACGCAGGGGUAUUGUCUUGCUUGGAGUACUUGGAAGCUGCUCCAUGGGCUGAGGAUGAAGAAGAGAAGGUGGCUUCGCUGUUAUCUGACCUCCGGCUCGAAGAGGUCGGAGCAGGGGAAGUUUUGAAGAGAGUUUCUGUUGAAGUUGCUGCUGGGUCUGGAGAGGGUAGUGACAAUGAAGAAGUCUUGCUCAAGCUUUUGCAUGUGGUUCUUGAAGGGAAGGAUGAGAAAGCGAGACGGGAGAUGAAAGGAUUGGUAUCAAAGAUGCUUCAUGAGAAUGCUUCCCAUAAUGAUUUGCGAAAAGAGUCUUUGUAUUCUGCUUGCGAUAGGUGUCUACAAUUGCUUUGUCAGCAUUUCUUGCGUGCAGCCAAUUCAGACUUGCAAGAUGCAGGUCAGAUUGCACGACAGGCAGAUAAUUUGCACUGGCUAUUGGAUAUUUUGAUUGAUAGGCAGAUUGCUGAGGAUUUUUUGAAAACAUGGGCUUCUCAAUCUGAAUUGUCUGAUGCACAUUCUAAAGUUCCUGCAAUUCAUAGAUAUGAAGUGAGCAGAGUGACUGCUCGACUAUUUGUUGGGAUUGGAAAGGGACAGCUGCUGGCUUCAAAGGAUGCGAGGUGUAUGCUUAUGAAGACAUGGUUGGUGCCUUUUUAUGAUGAUUUUGGGUGGAUGAGGAGGGCAUCAAGAGGUCUGGAUCGGCACUUGAUUGAGGAUGGUCUGAGUAAUACGAUUCUUACAUUGCCUCUGGUUUGCCAACAGGAGAUCUUGCUUGCUUGGUUCGACCGAUUUCUGAACUGUGGUGAUGAUUGUCCCAACAUAAAGAAAGGGUUUGAAGUUUGGUGGCGGCGGGCUUUCUGGAGAAGAAAUGGUGAGUUGGAACAGCGCCAGCAGUUACGGGUUUCGACCUCAACGGUUGACAACUCGUGAGAUUUGAUAAUUCAAUAAUGCAGGGGACGAUGGUGGUUCUAACUUCUAAUUCUAAUGGUUCUACCUCCUUUAGCACUCCCUGUGAUUGCUUGGCCUGCAUGGUGAGCUGGAGGUUCUUUCUUGAUCUUCUUCCCUUCUAAACCAGGUGUGGUGUUUGAUUUCUUCACAGAGGAUUUGAGUUUCAGGAGUGUAGGAAGUGUGCUGUUAAAAUAGAUGUAUAGCUGGUUUAUUCUGGAAGAACAACGUAUUUGGUUGCAGCUUUAAUAUUUUGCAGGCGAUAAUCUUAACUCGUUCGUUUCUUUUCGAUACUUCAACGAGUCAAUCACUUCAUUUUUCGUUGUCAUUUCUACUUCCACGGAUAUUUAGUGAUUUUUCUUGUCAUCUUAUAGAUUUGAUCAUCAUCUAAUAGGUGGAUUGGCCAUUUUGAGGAACCGAAUGUUUAUGUUGGUGAAAGAAGAUGAUGGGUUCAUGGAUUUGUGAGCACAGGAGCUGGACGUGUCAUUGGGAAAUCUCUAUUGAACUAUAUAGUGGCAUUUGGAUUUGGUCCUCCUCCAUUUAGGUUGUCCAGUGAAUCCAUCUGGGGUUCUAGGAACAAGUUUUUAACACACCAGCAUUAGGGAAACAUCCACUUCUACUGUCUGAUGACGACCAACAUGGUCAUUACGCCAAAGCGUGCAAUUCUGGUGUAAAAAGAUUGAAGCACCAUUUGGCAUAAAGCUUGGGGCUCUCGGCAGAUCACCUAUUGGGGAUUUGCAGUCUUAUUGUUUUGUUAAAAGCUUGAUUAUGCUCCAUUUACUAUCAAAUUUGUAGGUGUUAAUUCUCUGUCUAGCGCUUCUUGGGCGAUUUCUUGUGAGAAGCUUGUGUGCCCAGUACUGCACAGGCAUAUUCAUACAUUUGUAAUUCAGGGUUAAACUUGAAAUUCUAAGACACUUCCAGUAAUAGAAUAGUGGAAUUUUUUU